AUGGCUCGCGCAGCUUCUCGUCGACAGGUCAAGCCUGCCGCCGCGCCUCCGGCUUCCAACCUCAUCAGCAAGUACACACGUGUAUCCAAGGCACAGGUCCUUCCCGUGGACGACGCCGCGAAGAAGGCCUUCUUCAUUGAGCUGCCCAAAUCUCGAAAGAUCUCGACGACGGAGAUCUCGAUCACGGCUGAGGACUCUCUCAGCAAGCCCCUUCCUACUCCCGUCGCGACACCCUCUUCCAGGAAGCGCAAGUCGGACUCGGUCGAAGACAACAACUCUCCCGUCAAGAAAACCAGGACCACGGCUCCCCUGCCCGUCUCUCUGAAGCGCCAACGCAUCUCCAAGGAUGACUCGAAGGACGAGCCCGCCCCCGUCAAGAAGGAUCUCAGCUCUCCCGUCACUACCACCACCUCCCCCAAGAACACAACACCUACAGUUAUUGAGACCCACCGCAAGUCUCGCAAGUCAACCAUUAUCUCUCACGCAAAGACAGAGACACGGAAAGCCAACGCGAAGGUCACAAAGUCGAAGAGACGCAACACAUCAGGCGUGCCGACAGUCGACGAGGAACCGGCAACAAAACAACUACCAGCCGAGUUGCUGGAGCUCCUGGACCUGCAACGAGCCAUCCUGAAGACCGUCUCUCUCCAAAUCACACACCAGAACAGCCACGCGCCCCUCGAUAUCAGCGCCGUCACUCCCCACGUCUCACGGACAUGGGGCAAGAGGAAGGUCACCACCGACGACAUCCGCAGAUGCAUCGCCAUCCAAGACCUGAAGCCCGCCGGCCGGGAGCAGGAGAUGCUCGGCUCCCCCUUUAUCGUCACCGACUACGGCCGCGGCAAGCUCUGCCUGGAAAUGGCCUCCGACACGACGUCUCGCCGCAUCGACGAGCAGAAGCUGUGCCAGCAGUUCGAGGAGAACCUCCACAUUCUCUGCGCCGAGCGUGCCACCAACGAGAUGACGGACCUCGACGUCUGCUUUGAGAACCUCAGCUUCAACGACCUGCCCAAGUCCGAGAUCACCGUCCGCCACAGCAUCUUCAAGCAGAACCCGGCCCUGGCCAAGGGACAGCGCGUCCUGACCGAGCUCAAGAACGGCAUCGUCAUCAAAAAGCAAGAGCAGGAGGCGAAAGCCCAGGCCGCAAAGGCCCAGGCGUCCAACCCCGCCGGCGCCAAGAUGAGCCUCCUCGACAGGCUGAGGGCCAAGGAGAUUGCCAACUCCCAGAUCGAGCUCCCGAGCGGCCCCGAGAUGGCGAGGAAGCGCGCUCUGCACCGCAUCGGCGACAUCGCUGCCAUCAUCUCCAUGCUCGUCGCUUCGUCGAACGCGGCCGGGCAGCCGGUCAUGUCCUUCACCAUGCCCGUUCUGCAGCAGAAGCUCAAGGAAUCGGUGCGGGUGCCCAUGCCCGUGGAGGAGGGGGUCGAGGCGGUGCAGAUUCUGGCGAACGAGAUCGCGCCGGAGUGGUUGAAGAUUGCCAGCGUCAGCGGCAAGCAACACGUCGUGAUCCAAACUCGACGCAAGCCGUACGAAGCUGAGCUCGCGGCGAGGGUGAAGAGGCUUUCAUAG